CCAGCAGUCAUGCCCACUCUUCAACGCUGCCUCAUGUCCAAUGAACCGUUCCACCCCCUCGUGUGUGGAUGGCUGGAUCGGAUACCGAGGGAAAUGUUACUAUUUCUCAGAGGCUGAAGGGAACUGGAACAACAGCCAGAGCCACUGCUCUGCCCUCAGUGCCUCCCUGGCUGUGAUUGGCACCCGGCAGGACCUGGACUUCGUGCUGCGAUAUAAAGGCACCACAGAUCCAUGGAUUGGUCUCCGGAGGGGCUCCAAUCAUCACUGGAAAUGGGCAAAUGGCACCAAAUUCAGCAACCUAUUUGAAGUCAGAGGAGAUGCAAACUGCGCAUUUCUGACGGAGACUGCUGUCAGCUCUUCAAGGUGCUACACCGUGAGAAGCUGGAUCUGCAACAAACCGUAUGCGUAAUAGAUGAAGGGAAAGUACGCGGACAUGCAGGGGAGAUGCCAGAAAUGAAGGACUUAAAUCACAGUUGGACUCUGAAAACCGAGAGCAAAAAACCUACAUUUUAGGAGUACUGAUUUAUCAUCCCUUGGUGUCUCCAGAUCACAUGGGCUCAUUUUACAGAUAAACAGAUGCUACAGGGG